AUGACAAAAUUAGGCUUACAGCCUGGUGUUCAUGGCGAUCAUGAGGAGAAAGAAGACAAAGAGCAAAUUAAAAUCGAUCCAAAAGUGUUCACAGUCCUUCAACCUACCGUAAUCCCGAUGCCUGUUGUGACUGAACCAAGAAAAUCAUCGAUGAAUUGGUCGGCGUUGAUUUGCAAAUCUUUGAUUAUUUUCUGUCUUUUCACAUGCUGUUGUGCUGCUCUUCUUCUUCUUUUGAAUGUUUCCGAUUUAUUCUAUUACAGCCAGGUUUGCACUUUUAUGAAAAGCUUUGAAUCAAUUACAAACGGAUGUCCUUAAAUUAUUUUAAAGGGUUGGUGCUCCGCCAGGGAAUCUUGCUUGGUUUAGAUAGGAAUAAGGUGCUCCUGGAAGCUUCCAGUUUUACAAAAAAUUCUAGUAUCAAUUCAGCCCGUGUUUUUCCUCAAAAACACAAGCGAGUUAAAACCUACGAAAUAAAGCAAGUAAAUGCGCUCUAGCGCACAACUCGUUUUUGAAUUUUCGUGCGUGUGUUUGCACACAACUUUGAAAAUAACACGGUGACGCCUUUUUUGCAGACGAUUUUUUCACCAGGAAAACACCAACCAAAAAGUAGAUCUCUGAAAUUGAAAAUUUUUGGAAAAGCUGUUCCAGCUUCAUUCCAGCUUUUUUAUUCUGAAAAUUAAAAUCAAAUAUUUUUGCAGAGCGUCGAAUCUUCCCAAAAACCACAAAUGGAAGCUCUUCUUGGAAGUAAUUCGAAUCUACAAAAACAAAUCGAUUCAUCAGUUGAAGGAAAAGACGAAAUUGUUGCAAUUCCAUUGGCUCGAGUUAUGGUAGUCGAGGAUAUUUCAGCUAAUCCAGAAAAGAAGACUAAAAUUGUUGAUGGUUCUGUUGAAGAUCGUUCACAAUUCCAACAAUUCCAACAAUUCCAACCACAACAAAAUUUUGAAGAACAAGGACAACAAGAACGUCCACUUCAUCCAGAUGAAAUCGAAAUGAUUCAAUCAGCUCGACGAAUUCAAGAGCAACAACAAAUGAUGAUGUUUCAACAAAUGAUGGCUAUGAGACAAUGGAGAAUGAGAAGACUUCAAGCUGCUAUUUAUCAACAACAAAUGAUGAGAAUGGCUAUGGCACAACAGCAACAAGAAGAAAUGGCAAGACAAUGGAAUGAGAGAGCUAAAAUUGAGGAGGAAGCUAGACAAUGGGAGAUGCAGCAACAACAACAGCAAAGAAGUCAAGCAUAUUGGCAACAAUAUCAAGCUGAAAUUCAAAGACAACAACAAUUCCAGCAACAACAACAACAACAAUUUUUCCCACAAAUCAUGCAACAAUUCAAUCAAGAACAAGCUCAACCUCAAGUUUUCCAUCAGCAACCACAACAACGCCCAACAUUUUGGCAACAACCACCACAACAUUUCUUCUUCAAUCAAAAACAACCAGUUGAGAUGAAUCAACCAGCUCCACAACCAUCGAUGCAUGAUAAGAUUUAUGAGGAAUUGCAAAAGAAAUCACAAAAUAUUCCAGUUAAUGCGCCAUCAAGACAAAUUUGUGAGUUUUUGAGGGUUCACGGUGAAAAUUGGACUCUAAAUGUUUAAUUCUGAUUUUUGAAGAUCAGAGGAUUCAUGUGCACCUUUAAGGUUCUCUGUGAACUAGUCGAAUCUAGCUGUCAAGUAGCGGACCCUAGCGAUCCUAGUUCUCAAGUAGCCGCGCCUAGAGAUUUCAAUUUUCAAGGAGGCGCGCCUAAUAAUCCUACUUCUAGUCAACUCUAGUUAAAAAUUCAGUUGCCUAGGAUCAGCGUCUAGACAGCCUUCUUCUCAAGUAGCUGAGCCUAGUGAAUCUACUUAUAUAGGACCCGCGCCUAGAGAUCCACUCUGGCAAGGAGCCGCGUCUUGAAAGCCUAGUUCUCAAGUAGCCGCGCCGAGAGAUUCUAAUUUUCAAGAAGCCCCCAAUAUCAAAAAUCAAUUUUCAGGGACCGCUGUGACUCCAACUCCAGUCCCAGAAGAACUUCCAACAACACCUUCAACAACCUCACUUCCAGUCGCAGUUCCAGCCAACGACGAAGUCUCCGACACAAUUCUUCGUGAUAUUUUCUCAGCAUUCGAUGAGCAAAAGAAUUCGGAAGCUGCCAACAAAGAAAUUCCAAAAGUUGAGCCAGAAGCUGAAAUAAUGGAGGGAAAAGGAGCAAUUGUGAUUGAGGAUAGUUUCCCAAAACUUGAAGAACGAACCACAAUUCAACCAGAAAAUGAGGAGGAAAGUGAAGAAGUUGAUGAUCAUGAAAAAGAGAAUGAGGAAUUUGUUUCAGUUAUGAAGUGAGUUGAAUUUAUUUGAAACUUGAGUUUUGAGAAAGUUUAGAAAAUCUUUGCAAGAAAUUCAAAAAAAUGAAAUACAUAAUUCUAGAAGAAUAUCCGAAAUGAUUCCCAGAUUCUUCGAAAACACACCAAUCCGUCACUCAUCUGAGCCAUCAACAACCACUGAAACUGCUCCAAUUCAAGUUUCAUCAACCGAAAAACCAAGAAUCAUUCUUGUCUAA